AUGGCUAAGAAUGGUUAUCUGAACUAUUCCAAAUUCACAGAUUUCAUCGACAAGCUUCUGCAACAGGAUAGAGCUCAAUUUCAGGCUCUCACUGAGGAUAGCAAGCUGGUUGCCAGAACUACUCUUCAAUCAGCUGUAGAUGCAGCAGACACAUCUUUGAGGGAAAUGGCUAUUGCUGUUGUGAUGCUCCAUGAAUCAUGGCUCUAUGUUUCAGAGUUCCCAGGGGAUCGCUGUGGAUCUGGCUCGCUGCUAACCGGCCGUCGCCUUCUUGUGUCUUUCAGCGCCUCCGGAGCCAGCGUGGUGGCUAUCGACAACAAGAUUGAGCAGGCCAUGGAUCUAGUGAAAAACCACCUGAUGUAUGCUGUGCGGGAGGAGGUGGAGAUCCUCAAAGAGCAGAUCAAAGAACUGGUGGAGAAGAACUCCCAGCUGGAGCGAGAGAACAGCCUCUUGAAAACGCUGGCCAGCCCUGAGCAGCUGGAGAAAUUCCAGUCCUGGCUGCCUGCAGAGGUGCUAUCCGCAGAGGAGCAGGGCGGGGCGGCUGCCCCGGCCCAGCACACCAGGGGCUCUGCAGUGUAAGGUGGCUCUGUCCUUGGAGUGGGCAGAGCCACUGAACUCUUUCUACUUAAUCUCCUUAAAAAGUUGUUUCCUCCCUCAUCUCAUGUGGAGAACUUCCCAAGCUAGCGAGAGCUAUGAGAUGUGCCAGGGGCGCUGCCCCAGCUGCUGGGACACUGACUGGCUCUGAAGGAGCAAGGUGUCAUGUUAGGACACUGCACAAUCAGACGACCCCCAACAGGGGCCUCUUUGCAUGUCCUUGAGAGUGCAGGGGCUGCACAACCGGUCAAGUACCCUCACUGCACCCUUCAGCUGGGCUCCUGCUGCACUUGACAAAGACUGAUCCUUGGAGGAAGCCAGUUGUUGAAGAGAUACAAAUCUGCCCCUACAGCCACUCUGGAAUGGGCCUGGAGCAGGAACCAAAAACUGACCCUGUCAGCACCUUUAUGUUGGUAGCUUUGGACAGUGCAUGGCUUGCGCACACCACAGGUUGGGGAUUACAAGGAAAGCUUUGUUUCGUUAGUGCAGGGAUCUUUAUAUCCUUAGCCACAUCUAAGGAAUGUAUACACGCAACCAGCGCUGGGGAUGGCUACAGAAGCCUGGGGCUCUUGGGGGGGCUCUAUGGAUGCUGCUGCCCAUAGCUGUAUGCCUGGGGCUGGCUGGGGAUUCCAGCCGAGUGUGGAGGCAGAACGCUUAGAUGCUGAUUGGAAAUGGGUGACUGGAGUUGUCUCGCUGUGGGAUAGGUUUUUAUACAUAGCUCAGUCUGUGUACAGACCUCCUCGGGAGGGAGAUUCUCCCUUCUCUGGCCUGCCCAGCGCAGGGUCACAGGAUAGCCACAGCAGAGAUUUUAUAAUGAAACAUGCCAAUGAGACCCGGCUGCUGUGGACGGGGUGGCACGGCCCCUUGGGGGUGUGAGAGCGGAGGUUAUUUGCUCCGUGAGCGUCCCCCCCCUUUGUGGAGCGGCCAGGGCAUCGCUUUUGACAUUGGACUGUCGGAGCAUUAAUGUGAAUGCUUGAAUCUAGCUAGAAAUGGCAAUAAACUCUACUUUUGAUAUAGA